AGCAGCAGCAGCUCUAGCAGCAGCAGCGCUGUAACUUCAGCACCCUGGACAGCGAGCUCUCCGCCAGUCAUGGCUUGAAGUGUGUGGUGGAGGAGGGCUGAGUGCUGAAAGUGGAGGCUGGCGCUGCGUGCGUGCGUGCGCGUGAGCGUGAGAGCGUGUGCGUGUGUUUGUGAGGGACUGUGCUGAAGUGUGCUGAGAGCUCUGAGCUCCACGUUGGCGCACCAGCAGCAGCAGCAGUAGGAGCGUGUUAUCCAUUCAUCUAUCCAUCUAUCUCUCUAUCUCUCUAUCUCUCUGUCUCUCUAACAGCCCGAGCUCGCUUUGGAGAGACUGUGCGCGCGCUCGCUCGCUCGUUUGCUCGCUUGGGCUGAGCUCUGCUGGUCUGGGAGGAGGACAGUGCGGUGCAGAGCCUCGAGCCAAGGCUGGAGAGAGAAGAGGAGAGCGGAGGAUAAAGAGAGAGAAAAGAGGAGAACGAGAGGGAAGGAGAGAGAGAUAGAGAAACAAAGAAAGAAAGAGAGAGAAAGAUUUCGGGACUCUUCGUUUGAUCCUCGUUUGGAGCGAGAGUUACGGGCAGGAUGCAGCGCGUGGAUGGCAGCGGUCUGGUGGUGCUGAUGCUGAUCUUCAGCCUGAUCGGCACUUCAGCUGCGGCUCUACCGUCGUCCCAAAAGUGUGAUGAAGCUCUGGCCACGUCGCUCGCCCACAGUGCGUUUACCAGCUCAUCCGUAUUCACCAGUGGUUACGCUCCUGGAUAUGCCAAACUUAACAGGAGAGGAGGUGCUGGAGGCUGGUCUCCUCUGGACAGUGACCAUUACCAGUGGCUGCAGGUGGACCUUGGCAGCAGAAAACAAGUUACAGCCAUAGCCACCCAGGGCCGAUACAGCAGCUCGGACUGGACCACGCGCUACCGGCUGCUCUACAGUGACACGGGCAGGAACUGGAAACCGUACCAUCAGGAUGGAAACAUAUGGGCGUUUACAGGGAACUCCAAUACAGAGAGCGUGGUGCGCCACGACCUGCAGCAUGCCAUCGUUGCCCAGUACCUCCGCAUCAUCCCACUGGACUGGAGUGAGGAGGGGCGAAUUGGCCUCCGCCUCGAAAUCUACGGCUGCCCUUACUGGGCUGAUGUGAUUAACUUUGACGGCCAGGGUGUGAUCUCCUACCGUUUCAAAAUGAAGAAGAUGAAGAUCCUGAAGGACGUGAUCGCUCUGAAGUUUAAGACGGCGGAGAGCGAGGGGGUGAUCCUGCAUGGUGAAGGCCAGCAGGGAGACUACAUCACGCUGGAGCUGCGCAGAGGCCGGCUGCUGCUGCAGAUAAACCUUGGCAGCAAUCAGUACGGCUCCAUCCUGGGCCACACGUCAGUGACCAGUGGCAGCCUUCUGGAUGACCAUCACUGGCACUCGGUGGUGAUCGAGCGCUACAGACGAAAUGUCAAUUUCACCCUCGACCAGCACACUCAGCAUUUCCGCACCAACGGCGAGUUUGACCAUCUCGACCUGGACUACGAGUUGAGUUUCGGAGGAAUGCCCUACUCCGGCAAGCCAAUCUCAGGGGGCCGGAGAAACUUCAAAGGCUGCAUGGAGAGCAUCAACUACAACGGAGAAAACAUCACUGACCUGGCCAGAAGAAAAAAACUGGACACCUCCAGCUUUCGCAACCUGACAUUCUCCUGCGUGGACACUCACACCUUCCCCGUCUUCUUCAACGCCACCAGCUUCCUGCAGCUCUCAGGCAGGCGGGAGCACAACAUGAUCUCCGUGGGCUUCCAGUUUCGAACAUGGAACCCAAACGGCCUUUUCCUCUUCAGCUCUCUGGCCGACGGCAUGCUGGAGAUCUCUCUGAAUGAUGGAAAAGUCACGGCUCACAUCAACGUCACCCAGCAGAAAAACUCACGCGUCGACAUUGCAUCAGGCUCGGGGCUGAAUGAUGGGGAAUGGCAUGACGUGCGCUUCUUGGCCAAAGAGAACUUUGCCAUGCUGACUGUGGAUGGUGAUGAAGCUUCAGCUGUAAGAACAAACACCCCCAUCCAGAUCACCACCGGAGGAACAUACCACUUUGGAGGUUAUUUCCUCCGUACUCAGGCCUCGCCGUCCCAGCGCUCCUUCCAGGGCUGUAUGCAGCUCAUCCAGGUGGACGAUCAGCUGGCCGAUCUGACGGCGGUGGAGCAGGGCAGACUGGGAGCCUUCGAGAACGUCAGUCUCGACAUGUGUGCCAUUAUCGACAGAUGUAUGCCCAAUCACUGCGAGCACGGAGGGAGAUGCACUCAGACCUGGAACAGCUUCAGCUGCUCCUGUGACGGGACAGGAUAUACUGGAGCUACGUGUCACACAUCUGUCUAUGAACAGUCGUGUGAGGCUUAUAAACACGUGGGUCGAUCUUCAGACCUGUACUGGAUUGACCCGGAUGGCAGUGGACCUCUGGGACCCUUCAAAGUCAUUUGCAACAUGACAGAGGAUAAAGUGUGGACAACAGUGGCGAACAACCUGCCUGCUCAGACGUCAGUGACUGGCUCCAGCAGAGAGCGGCGCACGGUGCUGCAGCUCAACUACAGCGCCACCAUGGAGCAGAUCAGCGCCAUUACCAGCAGUGCUGAACACUGUGAACAGCACGUCGCCUACAACUGCCGCAUGUCACGACUGCUCAACACACCAGAUGGCACUCCAUACACAUGGUGGGUGGGCAGAGGCAAUGAGAAGCACUUCUACUGGGGUGGAUCUGCGCCCGGCAUCCAGAAAUGCUCUUGCGGCAUCGAGAGAAACUGCACGGACCCCAAAUAUCACUGCAACUGUGAUGCAGACCAGAAACAGUGGCAAGAAGAUUCCGGCCUGCUGGUGUACAAGGACCACUUACCUGUCAGCCAGGUCGCUGUAGGAGACACUAAUCGACCAGGAUCAGAGGCCAAGCUGACUGUGGGACCUCUGCGUUGUCAAGGAGACCGAAGUUACUGGAAUGCAGCUUCAUUCAACACACCUUCAUCCUACCUGCAUUUCUCCACUUUCCAAGGAGAGACGAGUGCAGAUAUCUCCUUUUACUUCAAAACAUCUGCUCCCUAUGGAGUCUUCCUUGAGAACCUGGGCAACACUGACUUCAUCCGGCUGGAGCUUAAAUCUCCCACUGUAGUGUCUUUCUCAUUUGACGUCGGGAACGGUCCAGUGGAGUUGAACGUCCACUCGCCGACCCCGCUGAACGAUGACCAGUGGCACAGGGUCAGCGCAGAGAGGAACGUUAAAGAGGCCAUCCUGCAGCUGGACCAGCAGUACAAAGAGGUCAGACCUGCACCAGCGCAAGGACACACUCGACUGGAACUGUACAGCCAGCUGUAUGUGGGAAAGCCGGCGUCUUGGGCCUGUCAGGACAGUGCAGCUGGUGGUCAGCGAGGUUUUCUCGGGUGCAUUCGCUCUCUGAAGAUGAACGGCGUGACCCUCGACCUUGAAGAGAGAGCCAAAGUCACUCCAGGAGUUAAACCGGGGUGCUCGGGUCACUGCACCAGUUUUGGCAUGUACUGCCGUAACGGAGGGAAGUGUGUGGAGAAAUACAACGGCUACUCAUGCGACUGCAGCGCUACGGCUUACGACGGACCCUUCUGCACAAAAGAUGUUGGUGGGUUUUUUGAAGCUGGAACGUUGAUCAGGUAUAACCUGGUGUCAGACGUGGUGGCUGCAGCCUCCAGUGUGGAGGGUAAAAGUGUGGGUACCUCUCUGCCGAUGGAAACCAAUCUAACCCGGGAGGACGUGGCCUUCAGCUUCAGCACAUCCAGCACUCCCAGCAUCCUCUUCUACAUCAGCUCCAAAACACAGGACUACAUGGCAGUGGUGCUGCGACAAAACGGGACACUACAGUUGCGGUAUAACCUUGGCGGAUUGCGAGAGCCCUUCACCAUUGAUUUGGAUCAGCGAAAUCUAGCCAAUGGUCAGCCACAUAGUGUCAACAUCACCCGAAUAGAGAGAGACAUCUAUGUCCAGUUGGACCACUAUCCCUCAGUCAGUUACACUCUUCCUGAAGCCUCAGACACUCAGUUCAACCUGGUGAAGACACUAUUCCUGGGAAAGGUCUUUGAAACCGGUCAGAUUGAUCCGGUGCUGAUAGAGAAAUACAACACUCCAGGCUUUGUGGGUUGUCUGUCCAGAGUGCAGUUCAACUCCAUCGCUCCACUGAAGGCAGCUCUAAGUACACGAGCGUCAGCGCCAGUCUCACAUCAGGGCAAACUUGUGGAAUCCAACUGCGGAGCAUCACCACUGACCAUCCCACCAAUGUCCGCCGCCACUGACCCCUGGAACCAGAAAGAUCCUGAUUUCCCUUUCAAUGAAGAGAGAGUUAUACCAGAUGGGGUCAACAGGAACUCAGCAAUUAUUGGAGGCAUUAUUGCUGUGGUGAUCUUCACCAUCCUGUGCACUCUGGUGUUCCUCAUCCGCUACAUGUUCCGCCACAAGGGCACGUACCACACCAAUGAGGCCAAAGGCGGGGAGUCCUCGGAAUCGGCCGACACGGCCAUCAUUGGAACUGACCCCAACUUCACAGAGACCAUCGACGAGAGCAAGAAGGAGUGGUUCAUCUAGCCGGCUGGGGUCAGAAUGUACAGACUCUUUCAGACUCUAUCAGAACGAGCCGGAAACUCGGCAGCAGUUUUGCCGUCCAAGCGGAUAAGUGAAUCGGACUGUACAUACUGAAUAGCCUGUCAAUACUUUCUAUCGUGGUUGGGCGUUUGCAGAGUCCUUUACAUAUUUAAUCUCUGAAUCAUGUGUAAACAGAACGUUUCUUCUUCUGUCCAGAUUUUUUUUUUACUUGCUUUGAAUUGAGAUCUCUACAUUUGCCAGAUUAUUUUUUUUUAUAUAUUCUUUAUUUACUUUGAUUGUAUUGCUUAUUUGUAUCUAAGAGUACUCUCCUUCUGGCUUUUAAAGCAAUUUUUGCGAGUGUAGUGUUUUGGAAUGACUGUAAACACCACUAUCAUAUUUUGUUUUUUGUAUAUUUGAUUCACAGAGUAUAUGAGACAAAAGUGAUAAUAUUGCAAUGACGUUGGAUUGUAUCAGUGUUUCAGUCAGUAUUACAGAGGGAAACUGAGGCAUGCGCCACAAAAGCAUCUUGAAAAGCAAUGUUACGAUUGUACAUGAUUGUUACGAGUGUGCUGCUCUCUUUCUUUUGCACUCAAAAUAACUUAACCAAUAUGACUAACAAACUGGGAACGUCCAUAUAUACUGACUUUAAAUGGAAAUGUGUGGCAUCAUUAAAACUAUCCCUUUAUUUUUAGUUAUAAUUUUUCUCUUUUUUGAGAGUGAAAGCUGUCAGACUGUGUUCAUGUGUGUAUCCAUUGCCAAACACCUCUCGGUCUUACAUGCUUGCUUUCACAGAAGAAUAGGAAGAAUUGCUGUAUGAGGUUCGGAGAUAAUCGAAACAAUCUAGGCUAGAAGGAACAGUAGUGGAAUAGUGGAACGGUUUAGCCACAGUCAUGUGACCUGAAGAAAGGAUGUGCUAAAAGGCUCGAUCCAACGUGCCUUCAGGAUUCAUGCAGUGAGCCUUCUGCCUGAGAGCUAUUUAAACAUUCAUAUUUACACAGAUAAUGUGCAGAAUAAAGCCUUGUGUUUAGCAUUAUAAGACUCUUGUGUAAGAGCCUUGAGUAUGCAUUGCUUUGGAUUCACUUGUGUAAAAAAAAAAAUCAGUGCCAGUGCAGAGCUAGCACAGUCCGUUUGGUUGCUGAUGACGUGUUCAAAAGAAAGUUGGCUGUUCUACAGGUAUGCAUUUCUGUUUAUUCUCAUAAAAUGCUGUUUUGUCACCGUU